GCGGCGCCGCCGAUUGGUUUACACAUGAUAAGCCGCCGCCGCCUAAAUAAUCGUUCCGCUUCGUUGUCUACCCUCAAAUCUAACCAAUUUAGCAAUUUAUAUUCUUAAUAAACAUUCAAUAACAAAUAAAAACAACAAAAAUAUGUCGGAAAACAAUGAUAAUUCCAAUGAAUCCAGUAGUCUGGGAAGUGAUUCUUUGCUACAAAGCUCUCGUUUGACUGGAGGCGGAAGCGUUGGUGCGAAUCCAGUACUUAGAGCCGGCGUUUUACGUCCGUCAGUGUUGGGACCAUCCAGAUUAGGUUCGGCUCUAUCCUCAAGCAGUGCACAAAAUGCCACAUCAACGCCGGCUGAUGGUCAGGAAGCUGCGGCAUUGGGUGGUUGUGACAGCGGUGGCGCAAAGCCGGCCGAAAAAUCCAACGAGGCUUCUAACAGUAACCCAUUUUUAAAGGAGAUCAAGGACGAUGAUGACGCUGGAACAUCCAGCAAGGUUGACGAAAACAAUAAGGGCACAGACAAUGAGGAGUCAUCUGAAGAGCGUGCUGAUCCCCUAACACUUUUGCGUAAAAAUGGUAUGGAACGUGCUAAUUUAUUUGCAGCCGCAAAAAGCUCUAUACCAUUGGUGGAAAAGUCCGGUUUUGUUUUCGGACAAAAUUUGCAUGAACGUGUCGUAGGGGAACAUCUAAAGUCGGAUAAACCAGCUGAAUCAAACAAUGAUGAUGCUUCCGCUGCAGCUUCUGGUGAGUUGCUCUUCUCCAGUGUAAUACAAAAUGCUGCGGCAAAACCAACAGAAAACCCUGAAAAAGAUGCUAAUGCUGAAGCUAAGAGCCUGACAGAUGUUGCACGUGAAUAUGAAGAGAGUCGUGCUCAAAAACGUAAAUAUGAAGAAGUUGAAACAUUUACCGGCGAAGAAAAUGAAAUGAAUAUUGUGGAUUUAAAUUGUAAAUUGUUUGCAUUUGUCAAUAGCAAUUGGGAGGAACGUGGCCGUGGUAGUUUACGCCUUAAUGAUUCCAGAAUCGAACAUGAAUGUUCGCGUUUGGUAUUUAGAACCGCCGGAAACCUACGUCUUUUACUUAAUACCAAGGUCUGGGGUGGCAUGGUUGCUGAAAGACCUAGUCAAAAAUCUUUAAGACUCACAGCAAUGGAUAAUACGGGUAAAAUAAAAAUAUUUUUAGUUAUGGCUCGUCCAGCGGAGAUAAAAAAUUUGCACAGUGCUCUUGUGGAGCGCAUAGAAAAACGUAAACAAUCCCAUCCCGAUGACAUAAGUACUGCAAAUUCGGCAGAAAACAGCGAAAGCAAUGGAGAAGGGGCGACCUGUAAUGAUGUUGCAAAGGUUGAUGAAGUUGCAGCUUCCGCGGGAGUUGCUGAACCAGAUCAUGAUGAUUCCACCGAACCAAGUCCCAAAAAACCUUUGCUGACACCCGAAUCAUCAACAACAAUACAAGAAGCGUCUGAUAAUUAAUAAACAAGAAAAAAAUCGAAAAAUCCAUCAAUAAUAUUAAAACAAUCGAAAAUUACACACACACCCAUGUGCAGUUAUUUGCAAACCCAAUGUAACGAGGAGAAGAAAAAGAAGAUGGAGAACCUUAUUUCAUACAUUUCAUUAAAAUAUUGUAUUAUUAUGCAAUAAAUCAGAAGCGACAAAACAAACACAUACAGGAAAUCAAUGCCAAUUCAAAAUUGACACUACUCCCACACAACUGAACAAUUCAAAGAAUAUACAGAAUACAAGAUACUUAUUUCAUGUAUGGAGUCAAGAGUCCAGUCUAUUUGUGUACGAUUUUGUACAAUGCAGAAAGAAAAAACAAAUUUGAUUGUGGCCCUGAUUUUAUAGCGCUACAGUAAAACUAUGGACUUCUUAACUUAAAAAAAUUUUAAUCGAUUUUGGUGUUUCAUUUGCAAUGGAAUAAUACUGUAAUUAACGUCUGACAUGUAAUCAAUGAAAAUUAAACAAAAAUAAAAGAAAAAUGUAAUGUCUUACAAUUAAUGUUUAAUUUUCCACAAUAAAUAAAAUAAAUCAUUUUUGCAUAAUGUGUUCCUUGAAA